AUGGCGGGGGCCGCAGCGGGCGGCAGAGGCGGAGGGGCCUGGGGCCCGGGGCGUGGAGGGGCCGGGGGGCUCCGGCGGGGCUGUUCUCCCCCGGCCCCCGUCGGCUCUCCCCGGGCCGGGCUGCAGCCGCUUAGGGCCACCAUCCCCUUCCAACUGCAGCCGCCACCGCACCAGCGCCGGGACGGGGGCGGCCGCGCAGCCAGUGUCCCGUGUUCAGUGGCCCCAGAGAAGUCCAUAUGUAGACACCGACCUCCCCGAGUCCGACGCACAUUCUCCCUGGACACAAUCCUUGGCUCCUACCUACUGGGCCAGUGGCCUAAAGAUGCUGACGGCACCUUCACCUGCUACACCAAUGACAAGGCCACCCAGACACCCCUGUCCUGGCAUGAGCUGGAAGGUGAGCAAACCGGCUCCUGCACCCACAAGCGCUCUGCCUCCUGGGGUAGCACAGACCACAGAAAAGAGAUCAGCAAGCUGAAGCAACAGCUGCAGAGGACAAAACUGAGCCGCAAUGGGAAAGAGAAGGAGCGGGGCUCCCCAAUCCAAGGAGACCAUGCUGUCCGGGGAACACUGAGGGCCUCCCCUCCCAGUUUUCCCUCAGGUUCCCCAGUCCUUCGACUUAGCCCCUGCCUGCACCGAAGCCUGGAGGGACUCAACCAAGAACUGGAGGAGGUAUUUGUGAAGGAACAAGGUGAAGAGGAGCUUCUGAGAAUCCUAGAUGUCCCUGAUGGUCACCGCGCCCCUGCCCCUGCUCAGGGUACCAACAGAGAUUCUUCCCUCCUUCCCUUGGAGCUGGGCAACCUUUCCCUCUCCCCUUCUUUGCCUCUGGCAUCCCCCCAACCCGCUGGCCAAGCCAGCCGUUUUGAACUCCGAGGUGCAACUGAGGAACUGACCCCAAACCCCAAGGAAAAGGCACCCUCUCCACCCCGGACAGUUCUGCUCGAGGAUGAGGGCCCAUCUCCAGUGCUGGCCUUUGCCUCAUCCCCUCGGCCCAACCACAGUUAUGUGUUUAAGCGGGAGCCCCCAGAGGGCUGUGAGAAAAUCCGGGCCUUUGAAGAAGCUCCGUCCCUUAGUCCUGACCUGACCUUCCUGCCUUCCUGCCCUGACAAGAACAAAGUUCACUUCAACCCGACUGGCUCUGCCUUCUGUCCUGUCAGUUUGGUGAAGCCCCUCUUCCCCAGUAUGGGCUUCCUCUUCCGAAAUUGCCCCACCACCCCAGGGUCCCCCUGUCCAUCAACAGCUCCAAGUCCUUUCUUGACCUCUCCCCGAAAGGACCCUGAUGUUCCCAAAGCACCCCCACUACCCUUCGAACCCUGGCAGCGCACUCCGCCCUCUGAGGAGUCUGUGCUUUUCCAGAGUUCCCUGGUAGUUUGAAGGUCUUUCCUCAAAUCCCUCCCACCUUACCAUGCAGACCAGUGCCUUUGUGGCUGGCUCCCCCCACCCCUGGAUGGAGACCAAGGAUCCCAUCCUCUCUUGGCCUUUGAGGUUCUUCCUGUUAUCACAUUGAAAUGCCCUGGUUCCUGCUUCUGUCGGGUGCCAGCUCUUGGGAGGGGGAGGAAACCUGCCUUCUCCCUUGGGCUGGGCAGCUCACCACUCUUCAAGUCAGUGUCCUCAUUCUUGAUUCCCCUUGGAAGAGAAAUGGCCAUCGAGGCCUUGGCCCCUCCAUCCCAAGCAUGUGAGUACAGACGACCCCAUAGGAGACACUUGUCCCUCUCAGCUGUCAAGGAAGCUUGCCCUGCCUCAGGGGAGGGGGAGGAAGGGGCCUUGAAAGGAUCCCUUCCCUUUCCCCUGCAGAGAAGAAAAGCCCAGGAGAGAAAACUCACUGCCUCCCCUCAUUGCACCCCAUCCCUCAUGUGUAUUUCCUCAUCCACGCCCUUCUCCUUGGAGGAGCUGAUCCAAGCAGUCCCAAAGCCUGGACCAGCCCAGCUGCGGGCAGACAGGGGAAUGGAGAGUGUUCCUGGUGACAUUUUCAUCUCGCCUUCAUACUGACUGAAAAUGGUUGGGAGCUGAGGUCCAGCCUGCCUACCCCUGGAGGCAGGUGGAAGGGUGGGGGGAGGGAGAGCUGGCACCUCCCCUUCGAGGCGAGGCGCGAUGACUGAAUGUACGCUGCUGCCUACCCUCUUGCCUCUCCCAGGUUCAGGUUGGAUUUGAAAAAUGCCUAUUUUUCUUGUAUUGAUGUAGAAACUCUAUUUUCUCCCAAAGACACUAUUUUUGCAGCUGUUUGAAGUUUGUAUAUUUUCCGUACCGCAGAGCUUACACAGAGAAUUUGAAGAGGAAUGUUAAUGUUGGGAUUUCCUUGUCCUGUGUUUAAAGGUGGAUUUUGUUUUUGUUUUUUGCAGAUCUUGGUGUUAAUAGUCCAAAUAAAUAAAUAUUCCCAUCGAC